AUGGAUGAGAGUGAUAUGACUUCAAUUGCCAGCCGUUCAUCUUCAUCUGGGUCAACACAUCAUACGGCCUCUGACACAGAUGACAAGGGAACGGAGGAGUCCAUCGGGCUUCCUGGUGAUCUCAUCGAGUUUAACUGGUCACCACCAGACCAGGAUCUAGACUUCCAGUCUAUCCUUGACAAUAUGGACCUUUCCAUGGGCCAGGACGAUGUCCUUAGCUCUACCGAAGCCUUUACAGGCUCGAUCUCUGAUCUUUUGGCUGACAUCCCAACUGAUUUGGAGGCCAUUUCGGAUUUUUAUCUUGCAGAGGAAGGGGUCGUCCCCGAAAAGGACAUGUCCACACUUAGGAGGGACACUGAUGUUACCAAUCAAGCUGCAGUCGGGGACACAGUCCCAUCACCUCUUCUGUCAAUCAAUCUCGACGCAAGGUCAGAUAUGCCCGAACAAGCCCAGGCGCUAUUGCGUUAUUACAAGACUCACAUAGAGUCCGCACCAACAUGCAUCCAAUCCAGCAGGUGGAAAUCACCAUGGAAGCUCCUCUUUCUUCCGUGCGCAUUCGAGACAUUUGCAGAACUGUCUCUUCUCGGCGGCACAUCGCAUACUCGGUCAGCAAUCCUCUGCGCACUUCUGUCUCAUAGCGCCUUUCAACUUCACAAGUCUGACUCAAAUUCGCAAUCGGACUAUUGGAAUAAUCUAGGAGUCAAGCAUAGGGACAGAGCCCAGAAACAUCUGAGAAGCGCCGUCGAGACUGAGGCAAGCGACUCAGAGCAGACCAAGUAUAAAGAAUUGUUGAUGGCCUUCAUAGCAAUGGCAAUGAUAUCGAUCUACCAAGGAAAUCGAACCGCAAGAAUCUUUCUGCUUGAUGCAGAGAGGCUGAUCAGGGUCCGAGGCUUGGCAGAGGAGAACCCCGAACUCAUUCGCGUACUUCAUCACGUGUACACAUACCUUCGCGUCAUUGCGGAGGGAAUAUAUGCUCUAGAUGAUGGCUCGAUUGAUUCCGAACAAGCUGAGACUUUCCCCCAGGUUCCUGAAUCUGGUUCAUUUCGGAUCAGCGAGGAUCUGCUAAACAUUGGACUCGACCCUGGUGUCGAGAAGAACUCGAAAGUUGGAUAUGGUGACAUCCAUCUCCAAGUACAAGGGCGCUGGAAGGAGACUCUGCAUUCUCGAAUCCAUGGCAUUCCGGAGUCACUCAUGACAUUAUUAUCGCAAACGAUAUCUCUUGCAAACGAAAAGAACCGUCUGGAGACUCGUGCUAGGUGCGACCCGAAGCUGGCGGCAGACUUGAAACACCACAUCAAGACUUUGGAGGAAAGAAUCUGGACUUGGUCUUCGUCCUCCGAAGUAUCGAUGAUUCUCACCGGCGACGUGUCAUUCUGUACCAAAGGUCCCAACCUUGUUUGCCAUCCUCGGAACCAGGCGAUGAUUUCGGCGAUUCAUCGAGCAUUGAUUAUCUACUUCUACCGUCAGGUACACGAUGUCAGUGCUAUGAUACUCCAGGACGUUGUACGGCAAGCUAUGGAACAACUAGAAUCAUGCAUCUGUGAAAUGAUCAACAGCGAUGACUUUGCUUUGAGUCUUGCGUGGGCGGCAUUCAUCUGCGCUCGCGAGGCAAUCUCGCCGGACCUUCAGGAUAGAGCUAGACACAUCAUUACCAUCACAGACGGCCGAGGUGUUUACUUUACGUCGAGACCAGCCAUGGAGGUCAUCUCAUCGCUGUGGGCGAAGCGGCAAGCUAUUGGAGGCAUUGACCUCGGAGGUAGUGUGCAAGCCUCCGAUAUUCCAUGUUCUGUAUAA